AUGAACUGAAAAGAAGAUAUAGAACUAAAGAAAGAUGAAGUUAAGAUAGUUAUAGCUUCCUUUCCUUCAUAUAAUAGACAUCGAUCGUCCGAUCAAGCAGCAGGGAUUCAGUCAGGCAUGUAUCCAUGGAUGAGGCUGAAGGAUAUCGAGUCUAGGCUGCCCCCCGGGUUCAGGUUCCAUCCCAGCGACGAGGAGCUGGUAUGCUACUACCUGCGCACCAAGGUCGCAAGUCAGAGCUCGCAGCUGAUCAUCUCGCCGCCGCCGCCGGCGACGACCACCAUGGUCGAGGUUGACCUCCAUACACGCGAGCCCUGGGAGCUCCCCGAGGCGGCCAAGCUCAAGGAUAACGAGUGGUAUUUCUUCAGUUUUCGUGAUCAAAAAUACGCGAUGGGCUCACGCACGAACCGAGCAACAAAGCAUGGUUACUGGAAGGUGACUGGCAAGGACAAGGUGAUCCGUGAGCCAGCAGGGUCGGGGAUGAUGGGAAGAGAUGGCAUGGUGAUUGGCAUGAGGAAGACGUUGGUGUUCUACUUCGGACGCGCCCCCAAUUGGCGAAAGAGCGGCUGGGUUAUGCAUGAGUUCCGCCUUAUUAUCGGGUCUCUUUCAACACCACCCAAGGAGGAUUGGGUGCUGUGCAGAGUGUUCCACAAGGGGAAAGGAGUAGGAGACGAGCAAGGCAGCUGCAACGACUGCAUGAUCACCUGCAGCAGCAAUAACAUUGAUCCCGGCUCUUGGCCAGCCGCUCUCUGCUCGCCGCCACUGCAGCCCGAGCAUCUUGCAGGUCCUUCAGCCGCGGCGCCGGCGGCAGAUAACCUCGAGCGCCAAUCGUUACCGAUCAGCUCACUUACUAUAAACGACCAGCUGCAGCUGCUGGAUAGUGAUCAGCUCAUGCGCCAAGCAGACGCCAUGCUUGAUUCCGCAGUGCCUCUGCAGGCAGCAGCAGAUAGCUGCUUCGGGUUCCCCGGCGUGGAGCAGGCCAGCACGAGCACCGGCGAGUUGAACUCGUGCUACGGCGGGGACUGCAUGCGGGGAAUGGAGAUGACGUUGCUGCAGGUCGGCGACUGCGAUGAUGCAGUAUACUACGUCUGGGCUUCUAGCUAG